AUGAAACGGAACUUGGUGGGGCAAGGUGACGGAGAACAAUGUGCGAGGGUCACUCGGUCAGAUGGAAUGCGUCAGGGGCCAGGGACUUCGACGGGGACGACGAGCGCCGACGAUAGGGCCGGCAUGGGGCGGUGCUGGACCCGACGACGGCGAGAGCUCAGGCAUCCAGACGAGCUCAGCGCGGCCCAGCCAAACCCGCGGAUGGACGCACAGAAAUUUGCCCAAAAAUUGACAGCGAGCUCCAACGGACCCGACGCGUUCGACGCCUUUUCCCGCUCGACCUGUUCCGUCUGCUCUGUGCGCAAAGCCUCCGUCAAGUCCCGCAAACGCUUGUCCACAUUCUUUUCCGAUCAAUCGACCUCUGGCGAUGCAGUUGUCUCACCCGAGGAAGGUGAUGGUCCAAACGAUGCAUUGAUAUCUGCCGAGACUGGUGCCGUGGACCCGCUCCUUGCCGACGUUUUGACCGACGCCGAUUCCGUCGCCACGGCGACAGUCACCCGCGAGACCAGUCCCGACGCUACGCUCGUGCUGGAAAGUUCAGCACAAGUUGCUCCAGAAGCAAGCCCAGCACCGGGGUCAUCUGCGCCGAACGAGGCGCCGUCAACAGCAGCGGAGCCGUCAAUAGCAAGCAGCGCCGACGCCGUCGGCUUGACACCGGCCGAGGCAGCAGCUGCUAUGGAAGUCGAUGACGCAUCGUCUCCGGCGGUAGCGCUGCGUCGCAAUCCUAGCAACAGAGGCGCCUCUUUGCAAGCGUCUCAGUCCAUCACGAGCGCAUACGCUGAUCCUCUGGGCCUGAAAAAGCAUCGCGAAUCGCUGUUGCAGCAAGAAUCACGUGGACGUCGGUCCCCUUCAGCGAGCAGCACCGGCGCUGCCCCUGCAACUCAAAACCAAAGCACGAUCUCAGCAGGCGGCAAGAAGAGCAAUGCAGCCGCUCGCACGAUCGUGCCUCCUUCGCUGGUGGAGCCGCCUCCAGGAAUGAUGCACACGCCAGAGGGUCGUCUUCGCACCAUCCCAGGCAUAGCCGGUGCGAUCGUGCCGCCUGGACCCAAUUCCACCUCGACCGACACCAACCUGACACCGAGAUUGGAGGACAAGGGCGGUGUCAACAACGACCUUUGCGAAACCUGUGGCGGUCACGGCCGUUUCGUCUGCUGCGACGGUUGCCCACGCAGCUUCCACUUCCACUGCAUGAGUCCGCCGCUCGACAUUGACGAGAUGCCGCCGUCAAAUGCUGCCGAGGUUCUGGGACCUGCCAAAGCGAGCUCGAUGCAGAAGGGUAAAGGGAAGGUAGGCACCGCAGGCUCCAGCGCCGAGGUCAAUGUGGACGAAAUGUGGUUUUGCAACGUCUGCGUGGCGGAGCGCAAACCGAAAGCAGCAUCGAAACCGAAAGGUUUGGGUCCGUUCGGCUAUCUUUUGCCGGUGCUUUCGCAGCACAAUCCCAAGAGCUUUCAGCUGCCAGCCGAUGUGCGCACCUAUUUCAAGGACGUCGCCACCGCGGUCGAUGGGGACUAUGUCAAUGGAGGCAUGUUGAGGCAGGUCAAGCCAAAUAGACACGGACAGAUCGAGACGAGAGAUCCGUAUCGGCUCAAGGACAAAAAUGGCGACGGUGUGCUGUGCUACCGGUGCGGUGGCACUGCGCUUCCGGCAGAAUCCGAGCAAAACGGAAACGGUGCAAGUGGGAAGAUCUUCAGUUCACGGAAGGCGGGUGCAAACAAGGCUCGUUCGACAGACGUGUUUGGUGAAGUGGCUGCAUCGACGCCUGCCGAGCACACUGUUAGAGAAGGCACCGGCUGGCGCAAGAUUGUCAGCUGCGACUUUUGUCCUCUACACUGGCACAUCGACUGCGUCGAUCCACCUAUGCUGGGCAUGCCAAGCAACCUGCGCAAGUGGAUGUGUCCGGCGCACAGCGAUCACGUCAACGAUCGACGCAGGAUCGCGCGCAUCGGUGCUGCAGUCCCAAAGACACUGGAUCUGCCGCUUCCCUCUGCGAAGACGAUUGGCCCCGGCAGGCAUUUCCGGACGCGUGUUCUCAACAAUGGUGACAUUGACAUCAUACCGGAUCCGAUGGAGGAGUUGAUGGGUGCCAACGGGAUCACGGGCAGUCUCCAAAGCGGCGUCAAGGAGGUGCCUGUCGUGCCGGGCGUGCUUGACUCUCCCGCCAUUACUGAGGGCGGGUCAAAGCUCGCCUCCAAGAUCCGCUAUCGGUUCCCGGAGAAGGUGAUCCGCACCGACUUCUGGAGCAAAUUGCGCGCAGACGAAGCGAGCAAGAUCGGAGACGUCUUCUACGUCGCCGCGGGAGAAGUGGCGGGUCGAGCACCGGUGCGACUGAUUGCUGUCGAGGAUGGAGCCAUUGCAGACGACGACACGCGGUUCCGGCCCUUUGGAAAGCGUCAGAAUGCGCUCAAUGGGCUGGACGCGCUCGCCGACAUUGCGACUUCGCGGUUGAAGGCGGACGAACUGGUCAGUGAUCGCGGCGCGAACUCGAGCUUCAAGACGCUUUCGAGGACGAGGCAGCUGAUCGCUACUGCGUUCGGAAUCGACCUCACCGACGACGAUGUGCCCGAGUCGAGCGUCCGUUCGUCUUUGAGCGAAGAUGGAUCGUCGGCGGAAUCGCCGCUAUCGAGUUUGUCCGAGAGCGACGGUGAGGUGGGCGAGGCAGCGGUAGCAGCAGCACCUGCGACCGCGCUGGAUGAGGCUGCUGCGUCCGCCGCCGCGGCGAUGUCGGAGGAAGAGCUGAUCAAGCGCAUCGCUAUGGAAGCGGCAACGGGUGUCAGCAGUGGCGAUCCGAUCCGUCUUUCGAAGAGGAAGGCGGCUGUCGCAGCCGAAUCCGCCAUCGCUGGAUCUCCGUCGACACCGGCGGCGAAGAAGCUUCGUUCCGCCUCUCCCGCUGUCACUCCUACACCGAGCCGGACGACUGCAGCUGCGCCUCCGACCGUCACCAUUCCUGUCGAGAUUCGACCUGCAUCCUCGAUCAAGAAGAUCACACUCAAGAGCAAUGGUUCGGCUUCCAAGGCGGGCCCGCUAUCGGAGAGCCAGCUCGCUCUGCGGACCGCGUAUCACUUGUCGGAGCAGUAUGCGGAGGAGAGGAGGGAGAUCGAGCAGCUGCGCGCAAUCAGGGAGUUGAUGAAGGUCAAGGGGCCAGCGAGGAUGUUGGAGUUUUUGCUGGCGCCGAAUGAUGAUGAUGCGGAGCGGGAGGGGGAGAUGGGAGGGAGUGGGUAG